CGUCCAGACUCCCUACGGACAGAUCUGGAGCGCACCAACUUUUUAUCACUACAGCCCCUGUGCCCAUGGUUGACCACUUGAAUGAGUCGGUGCUGCGUUGCUGCAAGCUGCCGCGGUGCCUGUGCUUCCUGCUGCUACUGGUGAUUCUGAUGGCUCUACUUGUAGCCUUGGUCAUCUUCGCUGUCAGGGCCAACAGCAAGCACUGCACGGAUGGCCUCCAAGCAGAGCAGGAGUGUCAGAAACGCACUCGGUACGUGCAGCACCAGCUAACCCAGGCCCAGGAAGUCUUACACAAGAUGGAGAUACAGGCCGCCACCUGCAACCAGACGGUGGUGACCCUGAGGGAUUCUCUGAAGAUGGAGCAGGCACAGGUGGCAGAGCUUCAGGGAGAGGUCAAGAUUUUGAAGCAGAAGCUGGAGGACACUUUGGCGGAGGUGCAGCGACUAAGAAGAGGGAGUGAGGCCUCAGCUGAGAACAACUCUUCUAGCUGCUCGAGCGUCCUGUUCGCUGUGGUCGUGGUCGUGGUCCUCGAGGCUCUGCUGAUCUGAGGUCCCAGAAAGCCUGCCGGCCACAACCUGGACUGGUCCGGUUCCCUCUCUGCUUCCCCCUUUGAGGCUUCCUGACCUGGCCCGUUCUGAGGGGACCACAUGGCAACACGGCUGUGGGGAGGAGAGGGGGGAUGGGGUAGCCUAAGGGGUCCAUGGGGCAGCUCUGGAGGGAUACCUUGGGCAUGGAGAAGUAGCGGAGUUGGCCCAAGGCUGCCCUAGAGCUGAGGAGGGCAUGGGGGUGGAAGGUGGGGCACCUGCUUCUUGCUGACACGGUUUCUAGAAAGUCACUUUCUUCUGGGGUCUUUGGGCUCCGAAAAAGUAAACACCCCUCUAGGGGGGGAAAACUUUACUCUCAAGUUUUUGGAGUGUUACUGUGUCACCCCCAAGCAUCUGGGGGCUGCCCUGCGGACCAGGGUGGACACCCAUUGACAUCCACAUCCAGCUUUCCCUGCUCUAGAAUGUUCUCAGGAAUCCCUACGGUUCUGGCAGUCACCACCCCACUGCCUCCCCAGCCCUCUUGUCCAUUUGGAUCGUCUUAAAGAACUCUACACCCUCAUCAGCUCGCUUGCAGUGUUCUGCUCUCAUCUCCUCGCCGGGAUCUUCUGAUGGCAGCGGUCCCAUGAGGAAACCGAGGCUGUGGUGAGGGACACUUUGCCCUGGUUCCCAAUCCCUUCCCACAGAAAGUGCAGGGCUGGGAUCAAACCUGGAUCUGCAGACACACACAGGCCUGUGUCACAAUACCCCCUCCUCCAGAGAGCCUCUCUGCUUCUCAAAAUUGAAGGCCACUGGGAGUCCCCUGGUGGCCUAGUGGUUAGGAUUUUGAGCUUUCACUGCCGUGGCCCGGGUUCAAUCCUUGGUUGGGGACCUGAGAUCCCGCAAGAUGCGUGGCACGGCCAAAAGUAAAAAUAAAAAAAUUGGAAUGUGCUCAAAAUUGAAGCCCACCAUCUGAUAAACCCUUCAACCCACUUUCUUGGAUCCUCCCAU